AUGAAAAUCAUUCUUAUCUUUCUAUUCACUGCCCCACUCGCUCUCUCAGCUAGAGCUGAGAAAGACUUUUCUGCCCUUGAUUCGGCUGCAUCUCCUGAGACAAAAUCAAGAUUUGCCAUGCUAGAUGACGUACGAAUCUUAGCCAAUGGACUCCUCCAGCUUGGGCACGGUCUUAAAGACUUUGUGCAUAAGACAAAGGGGCAGAUGAAUGACAUUUUUCAAAAACUUUACAUUUUUGAUAAGUCCUUUUAUGAGCUCUCACUGCAAACCAGUGAAAUCAAAGAAGAAGAAGAACUACUCCGACAAACUACUGCCAGACUGCAAAUCAACAAUGAAGAGAUAAAGAAUCUCUCGCAGGAGAUGAAUUUGAAGAUUGAAGACCUCAUACAAAACAAAAUCCAGCUGCAAGAGAAGGUGUGGGGACUGGAGGACAAAGUCACUAAGUUGGCCAUUACCCAGCCUACAGUGCAAGAGACAAAUGAAAUUUCUUCACUCAAAGCUUUUGUGGAGCGGCAGGACAACCACAUCAAGCAGCUUCUCAAAAUCGUGGAGGACCAGCACGCACAGCUCGACAAACAGCACAACCAAAUCAUGGAGCUGGAGGACAAGCUGAACCACAUAGAGCUCCAGGAACUCGCAGAGAAUUCCUUCACUGGGGAGCACACAGAACCAGAGGCCACCCCCUUUUUUGUGCACAACUCCACAGCUGUAAUAUACAAAUAUGAAGGUGCUGCUCCUGACUGCACUGCUCUCUACAACAGCGGCAUACAGACCAGUGGCACUUACACUAUUAAGCCCAAUGGCUCAGAAGCUUUCGAUGUCUACUGUGAAACAAAAUUUGGCACUUCCUGGACUGUAAUCCAGAACAGAGUGGACGGAUCAUUAGAUUUCAACCAAACCUGGGAUGCCUAUGCAAAGGGUUUUGGUGAUCUCAAUGAGGAAUUCUGGCUAGGCCUGAACAAGACCUAUUCCAUUACUCAACAAGGGGACUACAUCUUACGGAUCGAGCUGCAGGACUGGAAAGAUAAUAAACGUUACAUCGAGUAUGCAUUCGACCUGAGAGGCCCAGAGACAGACUACACGCUUCAGCUUUCACGGAUCUCUGGGAGCAUCCCCAACGCGCUGCCAGAGCAGACAGAGCUGCGGUUCUCAACUGCAGACCAUGACAUGGCCAUAAUAAACAACUUCAACUGCCCAGAAAACUAUCUAGGAGGCUGGUGGCACAGCGAAUGCGAGGAAACCAAUCUUAAUGGGAAAUACGUUGCUCCAAGGUCAAAAGGAAGACUAGACAGAAGAAAAGGCUUAUACUGGAAGCCUAAGAAAGGAAGAUACUACUUGCUCAAGUCAACCAAAAUAAUGAUACACCCGACAGAUCUAAAGAGCUUUGACUGA